AUCGUUGCUAGGGAUUUACUUUGUUUAUAAUGUGUCAAUUUAAAUUCCCGAUUGUAUGAAUAAAAGAUAAAUUAAACUUUUCGUUUUCGAUACAGACAAAACUCAACAGUGUUAAGAUCUUAGGUAUAUUUAUUAAAAUGACGGGCAUCAAACAAGUUAGAAAUAAAAAACUUCUUCCUGAUUUAAGGAAAGAAGGAUCACUUGAUAAAGAAAUAUUGCUUUCCACUAACGACAAACACGGUGCUCCAACGGGCUCCAGAUUGUUUUCACAUCAUACACUGGCCAGUGUCAGGCGACUUAGCUUUUAUCAUCCUUUUUUUUUGCCAAAAGAUAGCUUGGAUUUAGUUUUGGGAGCCACAUACAACCAUACCACGGAGAGGUUUGCCGACAAGGAAGACCUAUACUUACAACCUGAAACCAUUGGGUGCGACACUUGGCGGCGACUUCGAAACACAUACGAUAAACAUCCACCAGUUAUUAUUCCAUUGGGCCAUCCUAUGCAACGUGGUGGAGUAAAAGAACGUCGUUCACCAUUCAGUGUGAAGCUAAUGAACUCGGGAGUACAUUCGUCGCAGACCAACCCUGGUUACAGUCGACAACCUGCUGGAGGAGCUAUUUUCUUCUACUAAAUUUAAAAGUACUAUACACGACACCUUACAUUUUUACAUAUCAUGCAACAGUCUUUUUCUAAAUUCAAAAAUUGCUCCUACUGUAAUUAAACGUAGAAUGGCAAUUGUACGAAACAAAGCUUUCUGUGCCUGGGGUCAAUAAUUUAUUGACAAACAGACAUAGUGUAAAGUAUUUAAAUGUUUCAUACUUUGAAUACUCAUAUUAGGCGUAGCAAGAGUUUAGUGGUAUGUUUCUUGUGCUAUUUUUUAUCAUAGCACAUUGCAAAUAUAUUGCAUCAACAAAUGAAACUUUUCUAGUUGUCGUUUAAUAAUCAUGAUUCCUAUUACAAAUACGUAACUAAUUAUAAAGUAAGAUAUGUUAUUUUUGCAUCCUGACCUUUAUUGGGUCAGUAAUAUUAUACAUAUCGUCGUUUUUUACUGUUUAUGUAUUUAACUUUUGAAAUUAUAUAAAAUCAUCGAUCAGUAUUUUAAGUGUAGCUAUUUUUUUUACUAAGGCACACAUUGUUGUUUUGUUUUGUUGUUGUCCUGAAGUUGAGCUUUAGUCGAUUAUGUGUUUUUGUUUGUGUGUAAAUGUUAUGUGGUGUAUUAAAUGGAUUAACCGAU